AUGUUCAAAGAGUGGCGUGGGAGCAACAAACCGAAAUUCGACCGCAUACGAUUCCCGACCGUAAAUAUUGUUGAGGAGUUUAGGAAACACAUCCAAUUUCGGCAACAAACUUUUUCCCAGCCUCCUGGCGGAACUUUGGCAAGCAAACCAAGAGCAGCGAGGCAGCUGGCGAGUGGAAUGAGAGACCCAAGGAUAGAUGUUGCCGGUGACCUGAUUUCUGGAUCAACAAAGACAGACCUAACUAUGCAGGUACCAUGGUGGUUAGAAUCGAGAAGACGGAAUAUAACAAGAUAUUCCUAUGGUACAAUACGCAGAAAUGAUAUAGGUACACCAUCUAUUGAUGAGAUGCCGAAGCUGCUUGGUUCCAUUAGAAGUGGCGUCUGUCGAGACUUCGUCGAGACAUAUACUAGGGCGAGAUGCUACAUGCAGAAAAUUAAAUAUCGUGUUGAUGUGGAGCAUUUCGAAGAGGAAUUCAAAGCUAAGACGAUAACAUUGGAAGAUAUUAUACAUCCCUAUGCACUAUGGCUGCAUGCGCAAUGGGGAGGAGAUCUCUCAGCCUGGUACCAUACUAUCCGCACCGGAGAGCCCUCUUCGGUACAAGACUUACAAGAUCCUGGAGCACAAGGAAGAGUAGUCUAUCUCCACCGCACGGCGAGGGAUUUUUUAGAACAAUCCAGGAACUGGGACGAGAUCACAAAACAUAUAAUUGAUACCACAUUCGACCCCGAGCUAGCGUUAUUGAUGGCCCGUGUAAUUGAUAUCAAGCUCAAUCCUAAAGAUUGUGUAUACACAAGUGGGAUCGAAUUUUUGACUCAACUUCGUGAAUUCCCUUGGCAGAAUUCUAAGGUUAUGGACGAAGCUCUCGAACUGAUACAAGAAGCUGACAGAGUUUUGAGCAUUAGAGUAGGCCAAGGAGAAGUCUCCAAACACUGGUCACAUAACGAUCCAAAAUGGGCAGGGAAAAGCCGACCUGACUGGGGCGAUGAUCUUGAUUCUGUUGCUGUCAAAUCUGGUCUCAUACCGCUUCUCAAAGCUCGACAAAGCUUGACAUCCGCCGCGCGUCAUGCAAGUCAAUCUCAAUUACCUUUACCAUACAUAUCAGUCAAAACCCGGCCAGGGAUGCCUCUUUUAGCUUACGCACUGUCUAUGGAUCAAUGGGCAGUUGGUAAUCUAGUUCCCAACAUUGUCGUGCUUGAGGAGCUACUCAUUAAUGGCGCUGACCCGAAUGAGUAUUUCAAUAGCUUUCAUACAAUCUGGGAGUAUGUCAUUUAUCUGGUUCACGUUCUUGUGUCUAAGAGCAAUUCGAAGAUCUCACCACUCUCCACGAAAUGGGUUGAAGUUUUUGAACUGAUGCUUAAGCACGGCGCCGACCCGUAUGCUUGUUGUAUGAAGAGCCCUGAUGAGUUCGCUAGAUUUAUUGGAGGGUCAAAUACGAUGUUGAAUCUACCCGGAUCGAUAGCGGAGCAUGAUCAAAGGGGGUUUUCUUUCGGCCACGCUAUGAAGAGGGGUUACGACGAUGAAGUGUGGGAUGAAAACGAUACAUACCCAUAUCACCAUUGCGUAACGGCCGUUGUAAAAGAUGCAUUCGAGCUCUUUCUGUCCUGUUCUGUCCUGUUAUAUAUGUGA